ACACUAACUGGGGUCCCGGGGAGCCUGACAACUACGAGGGCCGAGAGGAUUGCGUUGAGAUGGUGAGUUCCGUCAGUGGGAACUCCUCCUGGUGGAAUGACCUGAACUGUGAUGCUCACCAGGACUGGAUAUGUAUGAUAUCCAAGGCCAAGGACCCCAUUGUGCCUCCAACUCCCCCACCACCUGUGCCAGCUCCAGAUUGUGGCACAAACCCUGGGUGGAGGAAAAACAACGGCAUCUGUUACUACUACAACGACACCGACACAGUUGACUUUUACAUGGCGCUGUCUCGUUGCUAUGCCGAGGACGCCCUUCUGGUCUCCAUCCUGAACAAAGAAGAACAGGCCUACGUUAACAGCAUGGUGGGUACGGGGAAGAAUCAAGCAGCCUGGAUCGGAAUGCGGAAGUUCGGCAUUGCAAGUGGACAAUACAAGUAGGUUUUUUUCUUUAAGUGACUGGAGAAUACCUCAUUUGUCUAGCCAUCACGGUUUGGCCCUUGUCAAAGUCAUUCAAAUCUUUAAGUGUCCCCAUUUUAUCUGCUUCCAACACAUCAAGUUUGAGGACAAAAUGCUAACUUGAUGCCUAACAUACUCCAACCAUUGGCAGGUCCCACUGUAACAAGAUAAUCAGUGUUAUUAAUUUCACCCAUC